UUCAAAAGGACUUUUUAAAGCAAAAUUCCCUUUGCUAUGUAGCCGGUCAACUGAGUAGACCAUUCCACCAAUAAAUAACACAUUACCUCACCUCCUGGACUGGACACACCAUUCUACACUCCAUUGUCCUCCUUUCUACACUCUACUCACUGACUUGACUUCAUUCACACGCACACAGAGUGAGUGAGUGAGUGAUUGAGAGAAAAAGAAAAUGGAAAGGUUUUGGGAAAAAGCAAAAUCAAUAGCAGAAGAGGCAACAAAAAGAUCUCAAUCCCUAACCUUAACCAACUUAAAAAUCGCCGAUAUCGUUACGGAAACCGCCAAGCGAUCUAAAGACAUUGCCGCCGAAGCUUCAAAGAAAUCUGCUGCUCUGCUUUCACUCUCCUCCGUUUCUAACCCGGAAUCAUCCGAAAAAGAAGAGGAGCGUCUUGGGAUCACGGAGGAUCUCAGAGACUUUGUUAAAGGACUCACUCUGUCUACCUUUCAAAGCUUCCCCUUUCCAGAUGAUUUGGCGUCUGAGGUGGCUACUGUCUCGAAUGUAAGGCAAGAUCUUUCAGAAUGGCAGCAGAAACAUGCAAAUCUUGUCCUCACAUCCAUCAAGGAAGUGUCUAAGUUGAGAUACGAAUUAUGCCCAAGGCACAUGAAAGAUGGGAGAUUUUGGAGGAUAUAUUUUACACUUGUGAGCACUCAUGUAUCACCUUAUGAAAGGAAAUUCAUAGAAGAGAGCAAACUAAAACAAAUAUCACAAACAGAUAAUGAAAAAUCCAAUCAAACUCUAGCUGUUGGACCGGAAGUGACCGGGGCAGAGCUUAAAAGCAAGACCUCUACAUCUGAACAGGACUUGGAUUCCUAUCUUUUGGGAGAUCUUGAUGACAGUGAUGGUCAUCCAGAUGACGAUAAUAAUGAUGGUUUUGAUGAUGACGAGGAUGAUUUCGACAAGAUUGAAAAUUCUGAAAUAGAAGAUGAAAAGUAACUAAAAGGACCAGGGGCACGACAAGGGCAGGAGGGAGAUACUGUAUUAAUUUGUAAUUUUGUUUAUAUGGUAUGUGGCAAUGAGAAGUAGACCGACUGCAAGAUGUUUUUUAAUCUGUUUGUUCUAUUAUGUUCUUCAAUGAUGUUAAAUACGGAUUUCUAAUAGAAAAAAGAACAUGAUUUCUAGUAUAAAAUUUCUUACAUCAUA